AAAAAGGAAAAAAUAAUUAAACGUUUCACGAUGACCUCCGUUGCCGUGGCUACACGUGAUGUUUAGGAAGUGUCAGUUUUUUGCAAUAUGGCUGUGCAGAGCUGGACAGCUCUCCUAAAAGCAUCCACGAAAACCGCUUUAAUACACGAUGGGAAAAGGAAGAUACAUUAUCUCUUUACAGAUGGGAAAGAAAUGGCAGAAGAAUAUGACUUGACAACAGAUGAGCUCAUUGUACGAAAGUGGCGUUCGAAAAGCACUUUGAAGGGACAGGGACCAUGGGAGAUAGAAGUUGGAGAGCCAGUCCCAUCUACUGUAGCCUGUUUGGAAUCAGAUGUUAUCAAGGAAAACUGUUCAAACCCUGUAUUUAUGCGCAAAGACACAAAGACCAGUUUCCUGUGGAGAGUCCGGAACCUUCCGUACCCCAAAGAGGUCUACAACAUUUCAGUGGAGCCUGAUCAACGAUGCUGCAUCAUACGAACAAAUAACAAAAAGUACUACAAGAAGUUUAAUGUUCCUGAUCUGGACCGAAGCCAGCUACCAUUGGAUAGUUCCGCGCUCAACUUCACCCACGCCAAUAACACGUUAAUUGUCAGUUACAAGAAGCCCAAGGAGAUAUUAACCCUUGAGCACGAGCUACUCCGGGAGGUGAAGAAACUGAAGGGAACCAAUGAAGGGGACGUCGACUGCAAAACACAAUGAAGUCCCAGUGUGGAUCUGAGGGGGUGUCACUCAAACAAGUCAUUUUUGAUUUGCACUGGUGAUGCAUUAUCCUGUAUGUUUUCUACUCUGAUUUCUGGUUCUCAAUGGGAUUCCACUAUUGGAACAUUUUUGCACAGUGCCUUGUCCAUACUUUCCAUUGUGUUUAUUGCGGUCGGGGCGGGGGGAUGUGGGAUUGAGACAGUGAAUUACAAACACAGUUACUUGUUAAAACUUGUUAGUUUUUGAUGGAACACUUAAAAGUGUUCUGUCAAAAAGGUAUUUGAGAAAUGUCACUGCUGCUCUGUAAAAAGUUCUGAAUUGUUGUUGUCGAGAUACGAACACUUAUUGGGUUUAUUACGUGAUGUUGUCCUUUGAAGAUGAAUACAAUUACAUAACAUUGUUAACUGUCUCUAUAUCUCUCCUUUCCCUCAACUAUGCACACUAUUAGUUGUUAAAAUAGUCCAAACGCAGAGAGUUCAUCCCCCUCCCACAAUUCUUGGUCUCCUUCCCUUGUAAAACACUUUAACACACAAUGCUUUUUCCCUAUUCUUUCCACACACACAAACACACACACACUUUUCUCGACGGGGUCGCCUUUACAAGUACGUCCCAUUUGUGUUAACUGAUUACCCUUAUGCUCAUGAUUGUGCAGCCCAGAGUAGGCCACCCUGAAAGCCAUUAUGGCCGAGCUAGCCAGUACUAGCAGGUCUUACUGGUCCCCUGAGCCUCGCCCAGUCCUCCAGGGGGUGACUUUACUGGCCCAGAGUCCUCCAACAAGUCCUCUCGCAAUCCCCAAGACUGGGGAUAGCCAAGGAUAGGUAUGGAGCUUGGAUGACAGAAGCACUAUAUUACUGGGAAGUGAACGAGUCGUGUGCUUCUUUGUAAAUAUAGGUUCUUGCAUGACAGUAGUACUGAAUUACUGCAAAGUGGGAAAAGGUUGUAGGCUCUUUUGUAACUCGAGUACCACGGUGAGCCACAAUGAGAAACGUUAUCUGACUGAAUGCUUGCUAACUUUGACCAUCAAACACUAGGGAGAUUAGUAUCAAGACAUAUCUGACUAAGCUAAUACAACUGACGUUUGACCAUCAAAGUUUGAUUGAAUGAAACGAAAACUGAAGUGAAGUUUUACUGAUUUACUUUUUUACACAAUGUGUUAUUGCCAUAGCAGCUGACCUAGAGCAGUUCAAAACAAAACGUAGAUGCUGCGUGAAAAGAAAACAAUGCUGCAAAAAAAAAAAAGAAACAAUUCCAUUUAAAUAUAGAUUCCUCUAACCUAGUGGUGAUU